CAAGACAAUGACAAGCUUUUUUUUUAGGAAUAAACUCAGAAACAGCUUUGUUGAGAGGCAGAAUGAAAAUGAAAGCAGUACUGAAAAACAAAGUGGGCAAAACCCCCUCAAAACCCAAAAAACAAAAAGCCAGGCUCAUCCAAAGUAUGGCUUAGAGAAAGUGAAAAGGGCAUAGGAAAGUAAUAACAAGACAUUCAGAAAAUAGAAAGUAGAGCUUUGUCUUAUUUAAUACACAUCCACCCAUGAUGGUCUUCAGAGUACUAGAGGGAAGGUUCAGGACCACACAGCCCAGAAGAACAGCAGAAUCUACAAGAUCCACAAUGGCUAAGCUCUGUGCUUUCCUAGUGGUCCUGGUGGUGAUGAGCCACUGGUCAACCUGCUGUCUAGGAUGUGAUCUGCCUCAUACUCAUAACCUCAGGAACAAGAGAGCCUUCACACUCCUGGCACAAAUGAAGAGACUCUCCCCUGUCUCCUGCCUGAAGGACAGACAGGACUUUGGAUUCCGUUUGGAGAAGGUGGGUGCCCAGCAGAUCCAGAAGGCUCAAGCCAUCUCUAUCCUACAUGGGCUGAUCCAGCAUAUCCUCAGCCUCUUCACAUCAAAGGAGUCAUCUACUGCUUGGGAUGCAACCCUCCUAGACUCAUUCUGCAAUGACCUCCAGCAGCAGCUGAGUGGUCUGCAAGCCUGUCAGAUGCAGCAAAUGGGGGUGCAGGAACCUCCCCUGGCCCAGGAAGACUCCCUACUGGCUGUGCGGGAAUACUUCCACAGGAUUACCGUGUACCUGAGAGAGAAGAAACACAGCCCCUGUGCCUGGGAGGUGGUCAGAGCAGAAGUCUGGAGAGCCCUGUCUUCCUCAGUCCACUUGCUGUCAAGACUGAGAGAAGAGAAGUGAGUCCUGAGACAAAGUGUGGAGAGGACUCUUCUGGACUAGGACACUGUAUCACACUUUGUAAGAGCUGCCUUAAAGACUCUCAUUACUUUCAGUAUGACUGCAAUCAACCAUCUAGAUGUUUCAGCAAUAUUGAACAAUUGUUUCAAUAUGCAAAACCAUUUUUAUGUUUGCACCCAUUUGGGUUUAUUUGUUUGUUUAUUUAUUUAUUUAUUUAUUUAUUUAUUUAUUUUUACUGCUAGUAAUAUAAUUUGAGGUAUUUCUAUUUAAUCUUGCAGCCUAUAUUUCUUAAUAUAACAAAUCAUCACUUAUAAUUAAUUUAUUUUGUAUUCAAAUAAAUUUACUUUAUAAAACACUUUGGAUUAGUUAAUUUGUUAUCUCAUUAACAUUAUCAAAUAUUUUUCACAUUAGAGUCUACACUGUAAAUACUGUACAUGAACACUUUCUAAAUAUUAGAGAGGAUAGACAUAUACACUGCACAGAAUUUAGACAAACCCUAAAUAUUUUUCAUCUUCUUUUCUCUAGCAUAUAGUAUUCUUCUGGCUGGAUAGACAGCUGCUGUGCAGAAGACAACCAGAGAGUCUUGCUCCUCACAUUCCUUAGUCCCCUUUGACCAAAUAUGUCCUGGGUUAAUUUAGCAUCUGGUUUCCCUGAUCUCAUAUACUUAUCAUCUACUCUUAUCAUUAAUGAGUUUAAUUGUUUUCGGUUCUAAAUAUGAGUGAGGUCAUGUACAGCAACACAAAACAGAUAAAAAAUUACUAGCCUGCAUAUAUGGCAUAGAAAAGCAAGACAAGAAGACCCUGGGAAUUAACCCCACUGGUCAUAGCCUUAUAAACCAAUCUGGGAAUAAAUCCAACCAGGAGAGUGAAGUGAUUCUAAAAUUAACCCUUUGAAACACCACUAUUCCUUUUCUAUUUCCUGGACCUUUCCUCUUCCCAUUUUCUACUUCUCUUUUCUGUGACUUGUUUCUCUUUCUCUUCUUCUUCCUCCUCCUCCUCCUUGUCAUCAUCAUCGUCGUCAUCGUCAUCAUCAUCAUCACCUUCAUCCUGCUGGUACAGUACCAUCUCGUGGAGCAAGGGUAGUCGCUCUCAGGGGUACAAUCUCUGAAGAUACCUGAAUCUUUUUCCUCCAGCAGCCAUCUUUUGCCACAGUUCCUCAGCUGGAUAUUGGAAUUGCCUCCACUUUCCAAGCUGAUAUUUUGUCUGGCUUGUCAUGUCCAUUCAGUCAUAACCACUCACAGUUCACAUGAGAAACUACGCUGUUGGGUUCAAGAACACGGCUUUGCUGCAUCAUCCACUGCCUCUGGUUCUUCCAAUUCGUCUCCCUCUUCUUCAAUGGUUCCUGAGGCCAGGAAAUCAGCCCUUCCUUUUCUCAGUGAACAGUUGUGAGUCUCUCCAUUCCUUGGCAGGGACUGAGGAAGAGUUCUGUGGUAAGCAUUGGACAGUGCAGGAACCCCCUCUUAGAUGUAAGCUCUAAUUUCAAAUCAGGCAUUUUGACAGUAUGUAUACAACCGACCUCAGGGUUUUCUUUCUAGGAAAGCAGAGAAGAGACACAGAACAGAAUUGGAGACUUCAACCAUCCAACCAACACUUCAGGAGAGAUGAAAAAGUAAAUGCAAAAAUACAGAGAGUUGAGGCACUGAAAACCCUUGCUGCUGUAACAAUUAAAUGAAUACUUCUGCCAUUAGACACAUUGGAAAUGGAAGACUAAUCACUGAAUUCGAUAUUCAAUAUGAAUUGAUGGCUGACAAAUAUAUGGGCAUUAGUGUCUUAGACUGAAACUGAAAGUGGAA